ACCCGCGAUUUUUUUGCCUAGUGAAUUUUUGAGCCAGAUUUUAUCGAAGAACCACGCGAAAUCAAAACACAAUGAAGUACAUAAUCGUUUUUGCUGUUGUCCUUGGCGUUGCCCUCGCAGCUCCCCCACAAGAAGAGCGUGAUGCACAGAUCAUCAAGUACGAAAAUGAUAAUCUAGGACUCGAUGGAUACAAGUUCUCAUACGACACCAGCAACCAAAUCAACCGUCAGGAGCAAGCGCAGCUGAAAAACUUUGGUGAGGACAUCAGUGCUCUGGUGGUACAAGGAUCAUACUCGUACACCGGUGAUGAUGGUCAGAUUUACACCGUGAAGUAUAUUGCCGAUGAGAACGGAUUCCAGCCGGAGGCAGCCCAUAUUCCAAGGGCGUGAAUGCGUACAACGGGGAUCUUCUAGUCCAUUUUUGCACCGUGUGUGAAAAUCAGGUAUUGUCUUCUGCAAGGUGAUAUUAUGGAA